GGCGACUGUGCAAUUUAAAUAAUUUAAAGAAAAAAAAAAACAUAAGUCGGACGAUGUCGUCUUUUUCGGAAACGGCCCUGGAAAAAAAGCUGUCCGAGCUCAGCAAUUCGCAGCACAGCGUGCAGACAAUGUCUCUCUGGCUCAUCCACCACCGAAAACACUCACCGGUCAUCGUCCGAGUGUGGCACCGGGAGCUGAAGAAGGCCAAAAGCAGCCGCAAGUUGACUUUCUUGUACCUCGCCAAUGACGUGAUCCAGAACAGCAAAAGGAAAGGCCCCGAGUUCGCUCGCGACUACGAGAUGGUGCUCGUUGAUGCCUGCUCUCAUGUGGCGAGAACUAUCUCCUGCAGAGAGGCGGAUGAUGGGUGCAAAAAGCACAUGGAGAGACUGCUCAAUAUUUGGCAGGAGCGUGGUGUAUACAGAGCAGACUUCAUUCAGCAGCUCAAACUGGCCAUUGAGGAUUCCAACAGCCCCAAACCUAAGACAGAGGAAAAAAAAGCCAUCAAACGUUCAUACCAGAAAAUUCAGGAGGAGGAAGAGGAAGAGGAAGAUGAUGACUACAGGGGACACUAUUCUCCACGGGACUCUGAUGCCUCAACUCCCCUGCUGACCGAGGAGUUGGUCAAAGCCCUGCAGGAUCUAGAGAAUGCAGCCUCUGGUGAUGCCGCUGUCCGCCAGAAGAUUGCCUCGCUGCCACAGGAGGUCCAGGAUGUCUCGCUGCUGGAGAAGAUCACAGACAAGGAGGCUGCGGACAAGCUGUCCAGGACGGUGGACGAGGCCUGCCUGCUCUUGGCUGAGUACAAUGGGCGCCUGGCCGCGGAGCUGGAGGACCGGCGACAGCUGGCACGCAUGCUGACCGAGUACAUCCACAGCCAGAAGGAGGCCCUGGUCGAGAGGGAGAAGAAACUAGAGGAGUACAAGCAGAAGCUGGCCCGUGUUACACAGGUGCGCAAGGAGCUGAAAUCUCACCUGCAGAGCCUGCCAGACCUCUCCCUGCUGCCCAGCGUGACGGGGGGGCUGGCCCCGCUGCCUUCUGCCGGGGAUCUCUUCUCCACUGACUGAACAUUUCCCCCGUCCCCUUUGUUCCUGAAAUCCUGCCCCACAUUCUUAACCUGGGUGUGGGGGCAGGCAGCGCCGCCCUGAAAAACUACUGAAGUUGAUCAUGGAAGCUGCGGCAGUCUUGGGAGGCGGUGCGUUCUGAGGUUUUGGUUUUUACCUGAUUCCUGAUUCACCAGCUCCAAAAUGGGGGGGGGGGGGGGGGGUGUAGACUACGCAGGAUGACUUUAGAUUUUAUUCAUUUUACUUUUUUAUCAAUAAAAACCAAAUAUCAGUAUGUAGCAAAGUUGCCCAGAACUUUGUUCCCCAGGGCUGUAUUUUGGAUUAUGGUUAUUGGUGUGACUCGGGUUGAUUUACGAGUGAAAGCCAGGUUUUCUCAAUUGAUGCUUUAAAGCUCGUAGAUUUAUGGCAGGAAAAAAUUUCGUUUUGCUAUUCUUGCGUAAUGCGCUGUGGAAGUUACAACGGCAAGGCUUUGUAUUUGCCCAUUUUUUUUUUUCUUUUUCUUCGAAGUCUUUAGGUUGUUCUGAAGCAAGUUAAGUUUGUAAACUCAUUUGAAAAGGUAUCUUGCUUGUUUAUGAAAUGCUAAUAAGAGUCCAUUGCUGGCAUAUAAACUGAAUUGCUCCCAAGAUAUCCAAUUGUUUGAAUCGGUAAACCUGCACACAACAUUAAUUUUGCCUCUGCUUGAUACCUUUCUAAUCACUGACCUGCAUUCUGCUGUGAAAGUAUCCCCAUGAAAGUCAUUUACAAUCCUUUAUAUACUUUCCCUAUUUAUGUAAAAAUUAAAAAAAAUGGGAAAAUUC